UCCGUGAAAGCUAAAAUCCGGUUUGAGCGGUUUCUGGAUGGUAGCUUUUCAAGAACGACGACGUAAAUCGGUUAGCUGGCCGUGGUAUCGGACCAUUUUUGAAUUCCUAAUAAGUUGCAAAGCGCACCAGAACCCGGUUUCAGUUGAUUGUUGGCAUCUGGCUAAGACACAGUGCAGUGUGAGAUUGAGAAUAAUCUCCCGAAAGGAACACGCUGUAGCAAACGUUAUCUGAGACUCCUCAAGGUAGUAGAAGCAGUUAUCAGCAGCAUCUGAAAAGUGACAAAACAUGCCUGAAUACAAGUACCUGUCUGGCUUUGGAUCGCACUUUACGUCGGAGGAUCCACGGUGUCCAAAUGCCCUACCGGAGGGACAAAACUCGCCGCAAAAGUGUGCUUACGGGUUGUAUGCUGAGCAGCUCUCUGGUAGUGCCUUUACGGCACCUCGUACUGAAAAUACUCGGUCGUGGUUGUACCGUAUUCGACCAUCGGUUGUCCACGAGCCGUUCGUUCGGUACGAAGGUGUUGCGCCUUUCCUACGCGGAACAUCCUGGGAAGAGCAGCAUCCAAAUCCUAAUCAGAUGCGCUGGAAUCCGUUCGAUCUGCCGGCUGUUGGUCGUGAGAUAGAUUUUGUGGCCGGUUUACAUACGGUCUGUGGAGCUGGGGAUGUUCGUGCACGCCACGGGCUCGCCGUACACGUGUAUCUGGCCAACAGCUCGAUGAAGGACACGGCGUUUUACAACAGUGACGGAGACUUUCUCAUAGUUCCGCAGCAGGGAGCACUGGACGUUACGACCGAAUUUGGCCGGCUGUAUGUACAACCGAACGAGAUUUGCGUCAUUCCGCAAGGCACGCGGUUCAGCGUGGCACUCGAAGGGCCAUCCCGUGGCUACAUCCUCGAGGUGUACGAUGGCCAUUUCCGUUUGCCUGACUUGGGUCCGAUCGGAGCGAACGGUUUGGCUAAUCCACGUGACUUCCUUACUCCAACGGCUUACUUUGAGGAUCGCUCCGUUGCGCAGGGUUAUCGUAUCGUGUCCAAGUACCAGGGCGCUCUGUUUGUGGUCAAGCAGAAUCACUCACCGUUCGAUGUGGUUGCAUGGCACGGUAACUAUGUACCAUACAAGUACGAUCUCGCUCGGUUUAUGGUGAUCAAUUCGGUAAGCUUCGAUCAUUGCGAUCCGAGCAUCUUUACCGUGCUGACUUGUCCCAGCAAUAGGCCAGGUACAGCGAUCGCUGACUUUGUCAUCUUCCCACCGAGAUGGUCCGUCCAGGAGGGUACCUUCCGACCACCAUAUUAUCAUCGGAACUGCAUGAGCGAGUUCAUGGGACUCAUUUUUGGGCGCUACGAGGCGAAGGAAGGAGGUUUUCUACCAGGUGGCGCAUCACUGCACUCAAUGAUGACUCCACACGGUCCCGAUCAUCGAUGUUUCGAGGGAGCCUCGAAUGCACAGCUGAAACCAGAACGCAUAGCGGACGGAACGCAAGCCUUCAUGUUCGAAUCAUCGCUAAGCAUGGCCGUUACGCGCUGGGGCGAAGAAACGUGCCAGAAGCUGGAUGCUCGCUACUACGAAUGCUGGCAAUCGCUUGAGAAGCACUUUCACCUGUAAUCUGCUGGUUGCGGUUGGUAUUUUCAUAUUCGGAUGCGGAUACCAGGUGUAAAGUAUGAAUACGGCGAGGAUCAAAUUCCACGUCUCACGUUUUUAUUCUCCUGUAUUUCCACCUCGAAUGUAACCGUUUGCAUUCGUUUGCAGUGCUUUCUGUUUUCAAAUACGUUUUCGUUUUCCAUUGUAUUUUACCGUACUUUUGCCAUAGUUGCACUUUUCAAUAAUUACGAAUAUAUAAUAAUUUCGAAUAAGAAGCAAGUUUUGGUUUUGUUAAAAUCAUGUA